UUCGCAAGCCGCGGCCGCCAAGCAUCUGUCAGCGAUCCCUGUGAACUUUAUCGCCUCCUCUUGACGCGACCUAAAUUCUUUCCAGCCCCGCACAUGAUUGUCCGAUUUCCUCCUUGUGUAUAACUAGCCUCUAUGGCUCUGCUUGCUCAUAGAAGCAGCCGCCGCCCCUCGUCCCCGUGAGCAUGGCCCGUAUGGUCUUUAUGCGGCCGAUCCCAACGGCCGCGCGUUGCCAUCGCGAACCCCUCGCCAGACCGCGUAUAUCCGUCCUGGAAAGGGUGCAGAGGAGCUAUGCGACAACCUCGCAAGUGCAAGAAACGGGCAUAAACAGCAAUGGAGCUGCACUACCCCCGGCUGUGAGCGCAGGCCUCCAGCAGCGCAAAGAAGCAGUGCGGAAUGCGAAGCCCUUCUCCGAGUUCUUGACAGACUCGUUCAACAGAGAGCAUGACUAUCUGCGGAUAAGCAUCACAGAGCGCUGCAACCUGCGGUGUCUGUACUGCAUGCCAGAAGAGGGCGUUCCGCUGUCGCCGCCCGCGCACAUGCUCACCACUCCCGAGAUCUUCUACCUUUCGUCGCUAUUCGUAUCGCAAGGCGUCACCAAGAUCCGUCUGACAGGCGGCGAGCCCACUGUGCGCCGCGACAUUGUCUCCCUGAUGCAAUCCAUCGGCUCUCUGCGCUCACAGGGUCUUCGCGAGCUCGCCCUGACCACAAAUGGAAUAUCCUUGCAUCGGAAACUGGAUGCCAUGGUCGAGGCCGGGCUCACGGGUGUCAACCUCAGUCUUGACACCCUGGACCCCUUUCAGUUCCAGAUCAUGACAAGACGGAAUGGCUUCGAUGCGGUUAUGAGGUCCAUUGAGCGCAUACUGGAGAUGAACAAGCUCGGCGCAAACAUCAAGCUCAAAGUCAAUUGCGUCGUCAUGCGCGGGCUGAACGAGCGCGACAUAAUACCUUUCGUCGAGCUGGGCCGCGAAAAGGACAUCGAGGUGCGCUUCAUCGAGUAUAUGCCCUUCGGCGGCAACAAGUGGAGCGAGGGCAAGAUGAUCAGCUUCCAGGAGAUGCUGGACAUAAUACGCGUCAAAUACCCGGGAUUGCGCAGCGUCAAAGGCCACAAAAACGAUACGAGCAAGACGUACGAAGUCCCGGGUUUCGUCGGCAAAGUCGGCUUUAUCUCGAGCAUGACCAACGACUUCUGCGGGACAUGCAACCGCUUGCGCAUCACAAGCGACGGCAACCUAAAAGUUUGCCUGCAUGGCAACGACGAAGUUUCUCUCCGCGAUAUGCUUCGCAAGGAUAACAACGGCCAGCCAAUCGAUCAAGAAGCCUUCGAGCGCAUCAAACAAAUUGAGAUUGACCGACGAGACGGCCGUCUAAGCGAUGAGACAAUCCUCGGCUGGGGAAAGCGAGAGCAGGAGCUUCUGCACGUCAUAGGCGCCGCGGUCAAACGCAAAGCCGAGAAGCAUGCGGACAUGGGAGACCUCCAGAACAUGACGAACAGACCGAUGAUCUUAAUUGGUGGGUGAAAGCUCGGACUUCUCUAUUUAUCAUAUCAUGGAUGACUGUAUGCCCUUUUCACGAAUCUUGGUGGACACGUAUGUUUGCAUCGGCGGCGUUUCGUUCCUUUUUGCACUGCUUCAAGGCGAGACUGGCACUGUCGUGGGGAAGAUAGACAGACGUGUUGCCUAUAUAUGCCAAUCUAUACCCCAUACGCUAC